AUGGCGGCGGAGCGAGGAGAAUUCAAGCCUGUGCCCGAGAAGCAAGAGCAGAGUCUUCCUGGUCUCGAAAAGGACCUGAAGCCAACUAGCGAAGCAACGAAAUUGGAAGGUAAAGGUGGGUUCUCAGAAUAUCUUGCAGCAGGCAAGUUGAAGGGGAACAAAGCGUUGAUUACUGGAGGAGACUCCGGAAUUGGCCGCUCGGUGGCCGUUCUGUUUGCCAGAGAGGGCUCCGAUGUCAGCAUCGUCUAUCUUCCAGAGGAACAAGUGGACGCCGAUGAGACCAAGAAGCUGGUAGAGAAGGAAGGACGCCAGUGUCUCCUAAUCCCUGGAAAUCUCAUGGACAACCAAGCCUGCAAGACGGCUGUCGAAGAGCAUGUCAAGACUUUUGGCAAGAUCCACGUUCUCGUCAACAAUGCGUCAAAACAGAUCAUGUGUGACAAUUUCGCUGACAUUGAUCUCGAUAAUGUGGAAAGCACAUUUCGGAGCAACAUACUGCAAAUGUUUGCUGUGACGAAAUACGCUCUCCCGCACAUGGAGAAGGGUGCCUCAAUCAUCAACACCACCUCCACACAGGCUUUCAAAGGCAGCCCGACGACCGUGGACUACUCAACCACAAAAGGUGCCAUCGUAUCAUUCACGCGGUCGCUGGGGAAACAGCUUAUGCCCAAGGGCAUCAGAGUCAACGCGGUGGCUCCAGGCCCAGUUCAUACCCCUAUCCAGGCCGCAUCACGGCCGGCGGAGCAGUUAGAGGGCUUCGGCAAGGAACAGUCUGGGAUUGGUAGACCCGGUCAGCCGAGCGAGGUGGCACCUAGCUUUGUUUUCUUGGCCGGGAAGGAUUCCGAGCUGUACUACGGGCAAGUCCUCAACGCAUACCCUCUGGGAGACUGA